GGUGACCUCGACGCCGCGAUCGCGAAGUUCACGGAGGUGCUGAUGAAAGCGCCGUCGCCGCUCGUGUACGCGAAGCGCGCGGACGCGUACGUGAAGCAACGCAAGUGCGUCUCCGCCGUUCGCGACUGCGACGCCGCGCUGGAGAUGAACCCGGACUCCGCCAAAGCGCUCAAGACCAGAGGGCUCGCGCGUCGGUACUUGGGGCACUGGACGCGCGCGCAGCUGGACCUCGCGAGGGGGCAGUCGAUCGAUUACGACGAGCAGACCGCGGCGACGCAGAAGCUCGUGCAGGGGAAGUUCGACAAGGCGCGUUCGAGUACUAUCCGCGCCAAGAAGCAGAAGAGAGAGGCGGAGGCGCGCGCGGAGAAGGAGGAGAGGAUUCGAAAGGCGGCGGAAGAACGCGAAGCCGCCGCCGGCGCCGCCGCCGCCGCCGCGGGCGCCGCGGGCGCGGGCGCGGGCGGGUUCCCCGGCAUGGGGGGCAUGCCCGGCAUGGGUGGCAUGCCCGGCAUGGGGGGCAUGCCCGGCAUGGGUGGCGGCGGCAUGCCUAACAUCCCACCGGAGCUCCUGAAUACGCUCAUGUCGGAUCCGAGCCUGAUGGCGGCGAUGCAGAAGCCGAAGGUCAUGGCCGCGCUGCAGGAGUGCAUGUCGAACCCCGCGGCGUUCACGAAGUAUCAGAACGACCCGGAGAUCAUGGACUUGGUCAAGAAGCUCGGGGGGUUGAUGGGCGGC